GAAUUUAAGGCAAAAUCAAGAGAAUGGGAUAAGAAGAGGAUAAUUUGCCAACAUUACCUCAAUUAUUUAGAUGCUCAACAAAAAUUAUUGUCUGAGAAAUGUAAUUUAUUUCAGAAGCCAACCCAGAAUUAUCAAUUCCAAACAAGCAAUAAGAAACAAAACCAAGAAGAGGUAAUUAGUUAUGGCCAGCCCAAAGGUGAAAAGGAAGAGUUGAUUAUUGAAAAGCUAAAGGCAACUGUGAAUGAAAUAGCAUUAAACAAGAAUAAACUAGAAGAGGAAAAUCUGAAACUUCGGGAGGAUCUAAAAACGUACCAAAACCAGUACCAGAACAUGGAGGCAGGCUUUUCAGUAAUGAGAAAUGAGCUGCAGUCACGGGAUGCUCUCUGGAGAAGAAUACAACUGGAAUGCCAACAGUUACAUACAGAGCUAUUGAAAAUCAAAGAGUAUAAACACAUGCAGGAAAUUCAAGUAAAGCAUCAAUCAUCUUGUGUACAACUUACUGAGCAACUAGAAAAUCAAAACGCUGAGUUAUUAUUAUUGGCACAAAGUCAAGAACACCAACAAGAGCCAAACAAAAUAAGAAACCAUGUUUAUCAAGAGGAACAGUCCCAUUGCUCUGAGCAGGAAAGAAUGAAGACAGAAAUCUCUGACCUGACAGAAGAGCUUCAUCAGAAGGAGAUCACUAUAGCAACUAUCAUGGAGAAAGCUAGUCUUCUGGAAAGACAGUUAAAAAUGCAGUUAGAGAUAAAAGACAAAUUGUUAGCAAAACAACAGUUGUUGGAUUUCAGAUACAAAGUUAUCAAAUCUGAAAACACACGUCUAAAAGAGAUGGUGGAAAACCAGGAGUGUAAAAGUUGCACGAGUAUAGAUUUAUCUAACAAAGAACAAGAAGAUUUCAGAGUUUCCAUUCACAAACUGGAACAUGAGAAUGUAAGAUUGCAAAACAGUCUUGUUAAGCUACAAAAUGACACAGAAACAUCAAUACUAGGUCGCAUGGAUAUAUAUGGAGACACAGAGCUCAGCUACCAAACCCAUUCAAAGAUGCAAGAAAAGGAAGAGAGAGGUCAUGAAAAGAAGAGAGAUUAUCAAUCUCCAUCACCACCAAUGGGAUAUCCUUUGGGCUUUGGCGGGAUGUUUUCUGAAAAGGGCAGAACAGACAGUUCACUGAGCCCUGCUUACAAUGCAGAAGAAAUCAUAUUAUUAUCUCCCCCUGAGAUGUCCUUCCUUGCAACAACAGAAAAGUUCCUUCAAGAGGAAGAGAAACAUACAAGAGAGUUUGAAGAACGUUUAAAUUCACACCUUGAAGAACUGCAAAGGCAUUCUGAAAAUACUGUAAUAAAAUAUGCCAGGAUACAGCAAAGCAGGCAUACUUAA